AUGAAGUUCAACAUUGUCUACUUCAUGCUUCCCCUCGUGGUCAUGGGCGCGCUCCAUAACCAUGCCCAAGUCCACAAGCGCGGCGCCCUUGCCAAUCGUGCGGUCCUCACUGAGGUCGUGACUGUCACCGAGAUCCAGACCGUCACCGUUGACGCUGAUGGCACGACUAUGGCCAAGGUCGAGUCUGCGAGCGAGUCCAAGAUCGAGUCCACGAGCCCCGCCAUGAGCGAGUCCAAGAGCUCCUCCGCCAUCAUUCCGACCUCCUCAUCUACCUCAAUUGCUACUACCACCCCGUCCGCCUCCGGCAGCGUCUCUGACACGCCAUACCCCACCCUGAUCCCCAUCCCCGGCUCCGCCAUACUCAAGAACUCCUGCGGCUAUCCCGUGUACAUCUGGUCCACGGGCAAUCCCUCCUGCGAAGGUCCCGAGGCCGUCGCAAAGCUCAUCCCCGCCAACGGCCAACACGUCGAGGAAAUGCGCCGCUGCACCGACGGCGGCGUGGCAUUCAAGCUCUCGCGCACCGCGUCGUCAGCCAAGCCGAUGCAAUUCGAAUACACGAUUUGGUCGGAUCGCAAGACGGUUUCGUACGACAUUUCAUACCUCGAUUGUAUGAAGAACACGUCUGGCGAGCAGGAUCUGUCCGAGUGCGCGGGCCAUGAUGGAGGCAUCCAAGCUGCCGGUGGAGAAGAUUGCCCUGAUUACCAGUGUUUCGCCAAUCGCUGGUGCGAUCAGCAGGCGUACGUUGUGGCCGAAUUCGGCUACAAAUCUGGUGCGCCCGUGGGAGGAUGCACGGUGCAGAAGGGCAUUGCGUUUGAGCUGUGCGCCUCAAAUCGCGCCAACUGA